GGGUUCACCAUUGUUCUCAAUCCUGUCAGGAGCCUUCAGGGUGUGUGGGAGGAGUGUCUGCCAGAGGAGGAGCAGCUGGGACUGAGUCAUGGCCGGAUGCUGAGGAGGGCGGUAGCUAUCCCCAGAUAGACUAUAAAGAGGAGAAGGAACCAGCCCUGAAGUUCACAACAGCAGUAACAGCAACUGGAGAAGCAGGUUUCCAGAAGCCCGGCUCUUCAAAUCAGAUCUGCCUGAGAGGACCUACUUGGGUGGCCGCUGACCAGUCCUUGCCCCAGGAUGGGGACCACGUCCAGAGCAGCCUUGGUCUUGGCCUGUUUAGCUGUUGCUUCUGUAGCCUCUAAGGGAGGCAUCAAGGCUUCAGGGCAGAGGGAGCUGGGGCCAGUGCACCUCACCCACCCCCUUCAAGAAGUAGUUGGCUAUGCUGCACCCCCUUCCCCACCUCUGACCAGAGCUCUCCCCAUGGAUCACCCCGACACCUCUCAGCAUAGCCCUCACUUUGAAGGACAGAGUGAAGUACAGCCAUCUCCAUCUCAGAAAGCCAUCCCUGUCCAAGAGGAGCUGCCCCCUCCCCAACUCCCUGUGGAAAAGAAAGAGGAUCCGCCUCUCCCUCAAGAGGCCGUCCCCCUACAAGAAGAGCUGUCCCCUCCCCAGGUCCCUAUUGAACAGAAGGAAGAAAAGCUGGCUCCCUUCAUGGACUACAGCCCCCCAGAGCCUGAGUCUUCGAAUCCAGCCCAGCACUGCCAACAGGGUGGACACCAAGGUGGCUGGGGCCACCGGCUGGAUGGCUUCCCCCCUGGGCGGCCUUCUCCGGACAAUCUGGACCAGAUCUGCCUUCCUAAUCGUCAGCAUGUGGUGUACGGCCCUUGGAACCUGCCACAGACUGGCUUUUCCCACCUUGUUCGUCAGGGUGAGACCCUCAAUUUGCUGGAGACUGGAUAUUCCCGCUGCUGCCGCUGUCACAGCUACACAAACCGCUUGGACUGUGCAAAAGUCACGUGGGAGGACGCAAUGACCUGGUUCUGUGAGGCUGAAUUUUCUGUUAAGACCCGACCCCAUUGGUGCUGCAAACGUCAAGGGGAGGCUCGAUUCUCCUGCUUCCAAGAUGAAGCUCCCCGGCCACACUACCAGCUCCAGGCCUGCCCCAGCCACCAGCCUGGUAUUUCCUCGGGUCCUGAGCUGCCUUUUCCCCCUGGGCUACCCACACUGGACAAUAUCAAGAACAUCUGCCACCUAAGACGCUUCUGCUCUGUGCCACGCAACCUCCCAGCUACUGACCCCAUCCAAAGGCAGCUGCAGGCUCUGACCCAGCUGGAGGGGGAGUUCCAGCACUGCUGCCGGCAGGGGAACAACCACACCUGUACAUGGAAGGCCUGGAAGGAUACCCUUGAUGGCUACUGUGAUCAGGAAAAGGCUACAAAUACCCACCACUACUCGUGUUGCCACUACCCUCCUAGCCCUGCCCGAGAUGAGUGCUUUGCCCGGCAGGCUCCCUAUCCCAACUAUGACCGGGACAUCUUGACCCUGGACCUCAGCCGAAUCACCCCCAACUUCAUGAGUCAUCUCUGUGGAAAUCAAAGAGUUUUCACCAAGCAUAAGCAGAUUCCUGGGCUGAUCCAGAACGUGACUGCCCGCUGCUGUGACCUGCCGUUUCCAGAGCAGGCCUGCUGUGCUGAGGAGGAGAAAUCAUCCUUUAUUGAUGACCUGUGUGGUCCCCGACGUAACUUCUGGCGAGACUCUGCCUUCUGCUGUAAACUGAGUCCUGGGGAUGAACAGAUCAACUGCUUCAACACUAAUUAUCUGAGGAAUGUGGCUCUAGUGGCUGGAGACAUUAGGGAUGCCAAGGACCAGAGGGAGCAGGGCCCAACUUGGGGAACAAAUAUCAGCCCCACCCCUGAGCCCAAGGAAGAGUGAGUCACCCCAGAGCCUUGGAGGAUCAGAUUGGGGGACCCCAUCCCACCCUCCUGGAAUACUCAUUACAGUAAACACCUCUUGGAUUUGGCCUCA